AUGAAGUUAUCUCGAACUCGACAUUCAUGUGUUGAAACACCCAAGGAUAGUGCUGAGAAGACCACCGUGGUUUGGGAGCCAUCCAAGGAUUCUAAGAACUUGAAAUUGAAGUUCUUGUUGAUGUUCGGGUUUGAGGAAGAAGACAAGGUGAUAAACUAUAUAAGGCUUGUCAUGGAACGAGCCGUGGGGUUGAAGAGAAUUGAGCUGGAUGUUGAACGCCCAUGUGAGUAUUGCAAGGACACAGACCUUGAGUCCGCGACGAGAUCCCAGGUGGAUGAAGCUAGCAGUCAUCGGAUUAGGGAGAGGCUCGCACAUGGAUCCUCCUCGCUCGUGGAGAUAAUAAUAAAUGUUAAAUCCCCUAACUCCUCCAACUGCUAG